AUGGAUCCUGACUUCCCCUUCCAGCUGAGCUUGCAAGAAUUCCUUUCCCCUCCUGAACUCUCCCCCUCUCCACUCCCAGGGACACCCAUUUCAGUCACAGCCUGUCUAGCCAGGGCAGGUCUGAGCUCUGAGGGCCUGGCCUUGCUGGAAAAGGUCACAGCAUCCUGGAGUGGAUUGGCUGGAAAAGCCCAUCCAGCCCCACCAUGGGCAGGGACACUUCCCCUGUCCAAGGGAACCUCGAGGGCUGGGCAGGAACCCCACAGCACCCUGCCCCAGGAGGGGACCUGUGAGGGGACAAACUCAGGCACUGCAGGAAAAGAGAAACUUCCUGGGAGAUCUGAGGGGGAGAAAUGCUUCCCUGGGAGGGAAAACACUUCCCUGGGUCUCUGGGUGCUGUGGCAGUGGAUCAGUGCCAGUUUGGGUGUUGGAUCCUGGGUACUGUGGCAGUGGAGCUGUGCCAGUUUGGGUGCUGGAUCCUGGGGGUCUGGGUGCUCCAGCAGUGGAUCAGUGCCAGUUUGGGUGCUGGAUCCUGGAGGUCUGGGUGCUGUGGCAGUGGAGCUGUGCCAGUUUGGGUGUUGGAUCCUGGGGGUUUGGGUGCUCCAGCAGUGGAUCAGUGCCAGUUUGGGCACUGUGGUUUCUCUGCUGUGCCAGAGUCAAUGUUGGGGUCUCACUCUGGGCAAUGACCCAGGCUCAGGGUGGAAGUUCUGCAGCCCAGGGUGGGCACCACAUCCUCAGAGCUCUGACCCUGUCCCCUUGUCCACAGUGAGCACCCUGGAGCCCCUGUGCUGUGGGAGGCCAGGCUGGCAGCACUCUGAGGCUGUGGGAGUGGUGAGGCUGUGCCCCUGGAGCCUCCCUGUGCCAGCCUGGGCACCCCAAGGUGGCAGCUGUCCUGCAAGGCACCUCCAGGACACUCAUCCUGACCUGGCACACUGUGGGGACAAGGCCAGCAGCAGCCACGCUGUCCUGGGGGCUGUGGGGACCCCCAGAAUUCCUGGGGGUGGGGAGGGGGUGUUCUUCUGGUUCUGGGCUAAGUACAGGUGA